AUGAGCGCAGACGACGAGCGAGAGAAAACUGGCGCCACUAUCCACACUGUCGCCAAGACCACAGUUGAUGCUGUCACUAAAGAAGCGAUGGCCGAUAUUGUGCAAGCCAUCAAUAGGGCCACCGAGUGGAUCUCUCAAGCCGUCGAAAAUGAGUUAAUCUCUAAGUGCCUCGACCCUAACGAGGGUGUUGCGUUCCAUAACGCCACAGAUUGGACCACGCACGCUGUACUCGUCGACCUGAUUGCUCAUGCCGCCGAUGACGCUAUGCAAAGCGGGACUUCCACUACUUUAGAGAUACACGAACAUAUUCGAAUCCCUAAGACGUUUCCUCCACCGUCCCCACCGUCCACCAACCUUUCGCCAGUACUAGCAACGCAUAGCGACAACAACCGCCUUGGACUGUCAAAGCCCAACUUCAUGCACCCCCGCUGUUAUCGCUUGGCACUGGAAAAUGAAAUUGAACAAAAGAGUGGCGGGCUUGUUCGUUUAUCAAUCGCCCCAGCAAUAUCUGCUUCUGUCGAUGCUAGCCCCACAAAAUUAUCACCGUCGCGGCAUAUGAGUCGUGGGCAUGGCCACAGCCAUAAAGGAGGGCAUGGCGGUAUUUUGCCCAACAAACGUUCCGGAUACUGCCAGCGAUGCGUCUUCGAAGGUCGCUCCUGCAAAAUCAACGACUGUCUCAAGCACCAAGUCCUCAAAUGA